AUGGCUGACGCAGGCUUGCCGCCGGGAUGGGAGGUUCGACACUCGAAUUCGAAGAAUCUCCCAUAUUAUUUCAAUGAGUCGCAAAAGAUGUCAAGAUGGGAGCCCCCACCAGGAACAGAUACCGAGAAGCUCAAGAUACAUAUGGCAGAGCAUCACACUGCGCCUGAGACCAGAACAGAGGGUGGUAACCUGAACGGUGAACACAAUGGCAAAAUCCGCGCCGCCCACUUACUUGUCAAACACAAGGACAGUCGACGUCCGAGUAGCUGGCGUGAGGCAGAGAUCACGCGCACGAAGGAGGAAGCUAUGAACAUUAUCCUGGGCCACGAAGCCCGCAUCAAGAGUGGCCAAUCAUCUCUUGGGCAGCUUGCUGUCGCUGAAUCUGAUUGCAGCAGUGCUAGGAAAAUGGGAGAUCUGGGGUUUUUUGCCAGAGGAGAUAUGCAGAAGGAGUUUGAGGAGGCGGCUUUCCAGCUGAAGCCUGGGGAAAUCAGCCCUGUGGUAGAGACCGCCUCGGGGUUGCAUUUGAUUGAGAGAUUGGAAUGA